AUGCACUCGCUGUCGCUGUCGCGCCUCGCCUGCGGCUGCGACGUCCACCUCACAGCUGAGCAGGCGCGUGCCUUGGCGAAGAAGGAGGGCCUCUCGCUCGUGGAACGCAAGAACGCCACCGGCUUCGCGGGCGUCAUCGAGUCCACUUCGCGGUUGCACCCUUUCGCCGUCUUGGACACCCGGCCGACGACUGAUGGCAGCAUCGAUGGCAGCAUCGGCAAGGCAAAGAAGAAGAUCCUGGGCAAGUUCGUGACGGCGGAGCACGCCGCGCUCGCGUACGCCAGGCAUGUGGCCGAGGUUGGCGUGCGGGCCCGCGGUGGCUGGAGGGCGGGGUCGGGCAGGAAGCGAGCCGCUGAUGCAUCGACUGGAGCAGAGGCUUGGUGGAAGUACCGUAGCGAGGAGAGGGGAAGGAUCGAGGCGAUGAGUGCCGAGGCCGCUGGGGAGGCCGCGGUAAAGGAGGGCGCGAACAGGGUGAGCACGGCGAUCAACCCGUCGGGCUAUAAAGGCGUCAUUAUGCGGGCCAGCACGGCGGAAGGCGGCCCGACGGCCUACUCCGCACACUGGCAGCCGUGCGCGAGCGACGCGAAGCGCCUCGGCAAGAAGGGCCUGCGCUUCGGCGUGUGGUCCUGCCCGGAGCACGCCGCGCUUGUUCUCGCGCGGGAGAGCAAGCGCGUCCUCGCGGAGGCGGAGGCGGCGGAGACGGCGGCGGAGGCGGAGGCGGAGGCGGAGGCGGCGGCGGCGGCGGCGGCGGCGGCGGCGGCGGCGGCAGCGAAUGCAGCAGCGGCGGCGGCGCGACAAUGGGCGACGCCUGCGGCAGCGGCGUCGGUACCCGCUGCCGGCCGUGAUCUGCAGGGACCUUUGGCGCGCGAGGAGGCGAGCGGCGCUGCAACAUCAUCGUGGAACUUGCAAUGCCUCGCUGACGUGGCUGGGUGCAAGGCGCCGGUCGAUCCGCUACUCGCUCAAGGGCGAGCCGGACCUACCCCACCCGACGAGCGGCUGAUCUCUGCGCUGGUGGGCUGCUGCGCUGCUGGUCUGGACGCGGCGCUCGCCGAUGCUGCGCUGGCCGACGCUGCGGCGGCGGCGGGGUGCCUGAAGGAGGGAGAGGGGGCCGGUGGCGAGUGCUUGGCUGGGCGGCUCUAG